AUGCUCAAGACAAUCUUCUUAAGCCUCCUGCUGACCAUUGGAGUCUUCGGGGUUGAAAUCGAAGAAGAGGAGAAUGUCAUCGUGCUAACAAAGGAAAACUUUGAUGAUAUCGUUGGAGAAACCGAGUUCAUUCUUGUCGAAUUUUACGCUCCAUGGUGUGGACACUGCAAAGCUCUUGAACCCGAAUUUGCCAAGGCAGCCACUCGACUCAAAAAAGAUGGCUCAGCAAUUCGACUCGGAAAGCUGGACGCCACAGUUCAUGAGGAUAUCGGCGCGGACGCUGACGAGCUCAAAGAGUUCUCAAAAUCUGCUGAUGUCACGAUUAUUGGGUACUUUGAGAAUGCUGACAGCGAUAAAGCAAAGUCAUUCCUCGAUGUUGCCGCCGAAAUUGAGGAUGUGAAGUUCGGAGUGUUGAGUGACGAGUCCCUCAAAAAAGAGCUUGAGUUAGAGGGUGAGGGAAUCUUCUUGUUGAAGAAGAAUGACAAUGACAAGACAUUCUUUGAUGAAGAGCUCAAAGCAGACACGCUAAAAGCCUGGAUUCAAGCCAACCGUCUGCCACUUGUCGCUGAGUACACUCAAAAAGCUCGUUCAUCGCUUUUCGGUGGAGAGAUCAAGUCACAUAACUUGCUCUUCAUCUCGAAGAAAUCAUCGAAGUUCGAGGAGAUUUUUGAGCAAUUCAAAACGGCAGCCAAGGAAUUCAAGGGCAAGGUUCUCUUCGUUUACGUUGACACGGAUGUGAAAGAGAACGCUAAAGUCAUGGAAUUCUUUGGAAUUGUGAACGACGAUCUGCCAACUAUUCGAAUCAUUUCUCUAAAAGAGGACAUGAUCAAGUUCAAACCUGAUUUUGAAGAGCUCUCCACCGAGAACAUUGCCGAAUUCACUAAAUCAUACUUGGACGGAUCGCUGAAGCCUCAUUUGAUGUCAGAGGAGAUUCCUGAAGAUUGGGACAAGGCUCCUGUUAAGGUUCUUGUCGGCAAAAACUUCAAGCAAGUUGUCGAGAACAAGAAAAAGCACUACUUCGUCGAGUUCUACGCUCCAUGGUGUGGACAUUGCGAGCAAUUGGCUCCAAUCUGGGAUAAGCUUGGAGAGAAGUACGCAAAUCACAAGAAAAUCGUCAUCGCCAAGAUGGACAGCACAGCUAAUGAGGUUGAAGAUGUCAAAAUCCAAGGCUUCCCUACCAUCAAAUUCUUCCCAGCUGUAGCAGCGGAU